UCAACUAGCUCCAGACUUCAGUACUCGUCACUCAAAUUUAUUUGGUUCAAAGAUUACACUCCACAAUGGAACUGGAGAGCAUUCUAGGAUAUCUGGAGAACAAGACCAUCUUAAUUACUGGAGCUACUGGCUUUGUAGGAAAAGCAUUCAUCAUCUUCAAUUGUUCUCAUGCUAUGCUGACAAGUUUUAUGCCUCAAAUUAACACUAAUGGAGUCUGAAAACAACUACUUGGAGCCUGAAAAUGAGGGUGAGGCUUUUGUUAAGAGUAGCAGAGUUUCCUCAAACCAUCCAUUAGACUCUACAAGCAUAUUCACAACUAAUGAGUAGCAUGUUUGAUACCAAAGAAAGGUGGGAGAUGUUUAAUGAUUCUUGGCAAUUCGUGAUCAAUUCCAAUAAUAAGGAGGAGUAUCUGAAGAGGCUAAAGUCAUUUGAAUUUAGAUAUAAAACAUAUUCAGAUGCUAUUACCUAUUUGAAGGACACUUGGUUAGUGCACAAGGAAAAGUUUGUAUCAGCAUGGACAAAUAAGUUUCUACAUUUUGGUACUACUACUUCAAAUAGAGCGGAAAGUGCACAUGCAAAGCUAAAGCGACAACUUGGCUCUAGCCAACUUAACUUUGAUUCAUCAUGGGACAGUAUACAUUCUUUGAUAGAGCUGCAACAUACCGAUAUUAAAGCAUCAUUUGAGAAGAGUCGUUGCAUUAUCCAACAUUGUGCCAAGCAUGAGGAGUUGAGAGAGUUGAGAGGCUUUGUGUCAAUCACAGCAUUAAACAAAAUAAUUUGCGAGUUAAAAAGGGCUGACAAUUGUGAAGGAAAUGUGGAUUCAUGUCGUUGUACUCUUCGUCAAACCCAUCAGCUGCCAUGUGCUCAUGAGAUUGCCUUAUACAAAAGUAGUAACAAUCCCAUUCCACUUGAUUGCAUUCAUCCUCAUUGGAGGAAGUUAGAUUUUAGCAUUCUUCCACCAAGGAGCAAUAGCAACAGGUCAAAUGUUGUUCAUGUGAAACCACAUAUGAUAAGAUUUGAGAAGUGGUUUGAGGAACAAAGUGAUGAGAAUAAGAAACAACUUCUAUUGAAGUUAGAAGAGAUCAUGAAUCCGAGUUCUACAUCACUUAGAGAGCCACAAGUGAAAAUCAAUAAUCGAGGGCGUCCACGUAAAGAAGAUAGUUCCACUCGUCGUUUACCUUCUGCCUUUGAGUAUAUGGAUGCAUUUUCAGGCCAUGAUAGUCAUUUAUCGGAUCCUACAGUUGGGUCUAGAGCUCAAGGAAAAAAUUUGAAGAAGCGUUCAAAGAAUCAAAGAGAAGGAAGGACCAAAGAGUCGGCAGCAUCCAUAAAAAGGCAAAACAAAGAGUUUAAAAAUUCAAAACAAAAGGUGUCAAACAAAACUUGCUCCGCGAUACCACCCAGAUUGACGUACGAAUAUACGACACUAUUUCCUACCAUGUAUCAGCAAUACAUUGCAAACCAAACUGAUGUUGAUAUGGAUGGAAAUUGUGGAUAUAGAGUCGUUGCUAUCUCAAUGGGGUUUGGUCAUGAUGGUUGGCGUACGGUACGUAAACAUUUAUUAGAUGAGCUUAGAGGGAACCGCACUUUCUAUGAAGACCACAUUUUUGGGGCUAAACGGUUUCAUGAACUAGAGAAUUGCCUUGACUAUUUUGUUGAUGGGUUUGCACCUGAAAACUUUUGGAUGACCAUGCCCGAUAUGGGACAUAUUAUUGCAACAUGUUAUGGUGUGACAGUAAUCCAUUUAUCAUCCACCAUGUGCAUUACAUUUCUUCCUUUGUAUAAUAGGAAUGAAUGUCGAAAUGAAUAUCGUGGUGAUUGCGAGGGUGGUGAGUUUGCAAUUGGAUAUGUUGGCCGUCAUUUUGUUAAGGUAAAUUUGAUAUCUCAAUCUGUUCCUAUUCCUCCAGUUACUCCUCUAUGGCACAGAUACCAAGUUAAUAAUGGACAGUUGUACAACAUUUAUGAGCAACGCAUAGAUCAAUUCAAGAAACUCGAAAAUAUGGAAGACGUUGCCACCACAGAUACAUUUGCAGACAUUGUGCAUCUUGAUAUCGAUUGAAAACAUUGACAUGUUGUUAAAUUUGAGAGUUUGUUCUUAUUCUUUUAGUUGAGAUUUUGAC